UGAGAUGGAUUAAAAAAGCCAAAAUUUAAGUAAAAUAAUAAAGCCAGUUUUGCGAAUUACUGAACCUUGUAAUUCUGUUCCUCCCAAUCACCUUCAUGCGUUUGCCCUUUGAGAAAGUUUUAACCGCCUUUUGAUAAAAUAAAAAGCCGCUCUUUUGAUUUUUUUAUUGGCCGUCAAAAAAUCGCCCUUUGCCGUUGGAACGACUAUAUUUGUAUUAACUAACUAAUCAACAGCUAUUUUACUAUCUAAUAAUAAUAAUUUAUUUCCCGACCGUCUUAAUUUAGGUAAGUGGGAAUACGGCUGACAUAAAUCAGUGUUCUUCAUAUGUCAGGUCAACAGACACAAGAGGAUCUAAAGGAAAUUGCAAAACAAUUAUCAGAUGCUUAUUACAAAAUACUACAGCAUUCAACAUUAAGCGAGCAAACGAUCUUGGAUUCCUUGAGUUUAUUAUCCAAGUACAGCCAUGAUCUACCCUUGUCAUGGUUCACCAACGAGUUUUUAGAUCAAUUAUUUGCUUUGAAAACCAAGUUUGAAAACACAAAUGGACUACUUUCUAUUAUCACUCUCCUAUCAGCAUGGUUGCGUCUGAGCAAAGAUAACGACCAUCGACAGAAACUAGCACUUGAUAUACUCGAAAGUAUCUUAAGAAAGGACGAUACGGCUAGAUUACAAAAGGAAGCUUGGAUCGGAUGGGUUGCUCUUAUCGGUAAGGGCAAUCAUGAUGCUCGAGUGCUUGACGGAAUGAUCAAUGUAGUCGAAAGAUACGGCCAAGCGCAGUCGCUCGAAUUGGACGCAGGUCUGGCGCAUGCUUUGGCCAUGACAAAUACAUUGAAUGAAUUUGAGAUCGAGCCCUGUCAAAGACUGUUGAACGUGUAUGCAAAGCACGCUUCAGCCAGAGGAUUUGACGGUGCACGUGCAUUGAUGGACGCGUUGGAGCAUGCGACCGAUGUUCGGUCUCAAGAAAAACCUCAGACGCGAGCAGAGGCAGAUUUGGCCACACUUGUGCAGUUAGUGAUCGAUUUAGAGGACAAGGCUCGCUUAUCAGCCUUGGCGGGUAUAGUUCGAGCACUUCAGUUCAAUCAAGGCAAAAAUACAAAAAAGGUGAUUAAGCAAAGAGAAAAGGCUGAAAAGGCACUCAUGGAGCAACUAAGCAUUGCAUUGACAUCAGGCCAUGCUUGCCAGGAUACCCUCGCCUAUAUCGCCUCUCGGUGUCUUUUGCAAGUUCCUGAAAAAGAACUGACUCAUCUACCAUCGGCUGACCUCCUGCGCGUCUUAGUCUCAAGUUUGUUGACCAGCGCACUGGCCAUCCAGCAUCAAGAACCGCUCUCUCGACUGACCAACUCAAAAGAGAGCGUUGAAGAAAUAAAGGCGUUUGUUGAUCAGCCUCUGUUUAAACAAGUCGGCCGUAUCUCACGCACAAUUGCAAAAAUCAUUCAGGUUGUGGAUAUUCGUCAAGCCGAGCAUAUCAUGGAUAGAUUCGUAGGCUUUUCAUACAAUGUCUUUAUUGACUGGGAUCAAUUUAUAAUAUCCAAUAUAGAUGCCGAUUUAUAUAAGCAAAUCGAAGAACAUGCCUGGACAUUUCUCAAGAGCGUUUUGUUUUCAUUCACCGUGAUAUUGAAGGCGAUCGCUGUGGAUAUACCCAAUGGACAAGGCCUAGUCGAGGUUCCAAACGCCGCUCAAGACACUCUGUCGAUCUUUGCCAACCUGCACUUUAUCACACAUCAUCUUGGCCAAGGUGCCGGUCGUCAAGCGUAUCAGGAUACCCUGACGAACGUCGUAGCCUAUCUUUUACAACCUGACCAUCAGUGCCAGCUCAACCGACUUUUGUCAAGUGCGUUCAAGGAAUACAGCCAGCCGCUUUAUACAAACGACGCCACACCUGCCGUUGAACUCUUGUCGACCGUCAAGCAGAUGCGUCUCUUGUUCUUUACGGAUUUACUCGAACAAACGGUCAAGAGUGUCGAUGAUACCGCACUCGAACAUCAGAUCUUACCCGUCAUCUACCCGAUCCUCAAAUGGAAGCGUGUCGAAAACAAGGAUCUUUAUGAAAGCGCACACACGGUCGUCAUUAGCACGUUUCUAGCAGCCAAGCCAGUUUGUUCUGAACUGUCGAUUGCUUAUGCCGAUAUACUGAUCGAUAAUUUUCCUGAGCCUAUCAAUCUUGAUCAACUCCGUUUUGGCUUCACCACUAUGGUCAAAGCACUAUGUGAAAUCGAUGACGCCCUCGCUUGGUUUGUCGUGAGCCGGCUGAUCGAAAAAAUCCAUAGCCUGGAAAUGGUAAGUCGAGCAGAGUACUUGACGGUGCUGAUUGAUAUGCUCAAACCACUCUCUUUGGGCCCCUUUUUCCCAUCCAUUCUCGAUGAGAUUCGAGCCCAAGUCCAAGUUCAGACGCCUAAAAUGCAACUGGCUACCCUCAAAAUCAUCUUUGAUACCGUGAGUGGGCCUGGAAUAUCUGAUAUGCGACGAAAGCAAGCUGUGGGUUGGUAUUUGAAUUUAAAACGUGAAUUGAAAUUAUGAUUUUAUUAAAUAAAGCGUUUAUGAUGAAGAUUUCUUUUCAUUGACAGAAACAAAAUGGUAAGUGACGAUUAAAAGCAUGGUGAUGACUCCAAGUGAAUUAGCAAUAAAGGCAAGUUGGUUAUCGGUAAUCAUGAUGUUCUUUAAAUAGUUUAGUCAUCAUCUCAACAUGGUUACUUCUUUCUUACCUUUUUUCUUUUAUUGGAAAGAAGAUGGACCUGUUGAGAGAACGCUAAAUCCCCGAAAGAA